AUGGACAAAACGGCCGAGGCCCCAGAAGAGCAGGAUCGAUCUUUGGGCGAUGACAAGCAUCCGGGGAAGCCAGAAUGCCCGCUACACCGAGACUUGUAUGCCUUGCUGCGGGACAACGCCGACAAGGACGAGAAGCUGGGCGAGCUGUGGAGGGAGGUCAACACGGUCCCCGCGUGGGUAGAUUGGGAGCAGAUCAAGCGCGGCCAAGAUGUCUUUUACAGAUACGGCAGCGCAGCCCUCACCGGCCUAGCGUACCAGUCACUGCUCGGCGGCAUGGGCGCGGCGCGCAUCGUCGAGACGUUGGCCCGCACAGGAGGAUUCAGUACCAAGGUGGCGCGUCGUCGGCUCUUCGAAACUACGCAGCACAUACUGCAGUGUACGAGGUCGUUGGAAGGCAUACAGCCGGGUGGCGAGGGCUGGGCGAGCAGUAUCCGUGUGCGUCUCUUACACGCGGCGGUGCGUCAGCGCAUCAUGAAGCUUGCAGAGACGAGGCCGGAAUACUACAGCGUGGAGAAGUUUGGCGUCCCGAUCAACGACCUCGACUGCAUGGCCACCAUCUCCGUCUUCUCCGGGACACUGAUCUGGCUGAGCUGGCCACGUCAGGGAAUCUUCGUGAGGGAGCAGGAAGCGAUCGACUACAUUGCCCUCUGGCGAUACAUCGCAUAUAUACUCGGCACUCCCUCGGAUGCCUUUGCCUCGACGGCGAAGGCGAAGGCGCUGAUGGAGACGCUCUACCUCAACGAGAUCCACCCGUCCGAGAUAUCCAAGACUUUGGCGAACAACCUCAUCCGCUGCCUACAAGACCAGCCACCGGCCUAUGCGAGCGCCAACAUGCUGGUAGCUGGGGCGCGGUGGCUGAACGGUAAUGAGCUCGGCGACGCGCUCGGUCUCCCACGGCCAUCGCUGUACUAUUGGGCGCUCAUGGCUGGGCAGUGCAUCUUCUUCAUGGUCAUGAACUACACGUACCGCUCUGUCCCGAGUUGGGAUCGAUACAAGGGCGAGAUCACGCGAGAUUUCUUCUGGAAGUACAUUAUCGAGAGCAAGUGGGGACUUGAGGGGAAGACGACGAACUUUGAGUUCAAAUACGUGCCUGAGUACGCCAUCAUGACGGAGCUGGGCCAGACAGAUCUCCCGACGCUAGGCCAGGAAUAUGAUAUAGAGUUCAGAAACCUUCGGUGGUUGAUUUACGCCGGUGUUGUGUUUUCAGGAGGCAUCUACCUUUCUUAUAAGCUUGUGUGCCGGACGGUUGGACUUUUCCUAUAG